CUGAAGAAGCAGUUCGUUUCUUCAGUCAAUCAUGUUCAAAUUGGCGUUAUUCAUAAUGACACCAUGAGUUAUCAACUGUACAACGCUGUUCAUGACGAGAAUGAAGAUGUAAGUAGAUUUCUAGACGUCUUGGAGAGAGUAUGUACAGAAAAACAACUUGAUUGUCCCACCAUCUUACAUCAAGCCACUCCCACGGGUGAUUCGUUGCUCCAUGUUGCAGCUGAACGUGGGAGAACAAGGAUCGCAGAGCUGCUUGUUGAUAAUAAUUUUUUGCUGAUUGUGACAAAUGUAAGAAAAGACACAGCGCUUCAUGUUUCUGCAAGAGCUAAGAAUAUUGGAGUGAUGGGAGUCAUCUUGUCCAAAUUUGGCGAUGUUAGCAGUAAGGAUAACUUUAUUAUGUUACCCAAUGCAUCUGGGAAUAGAGCUCUGCACGAAGCUAUUCUGAGCAAAUAUCGUGAGGGGUUUGAUUUCCUUCUAAGUGAGCAAAGUGAGAAUACUUGGCCUUUCUAUUGGGACACCCACCCAGCAGACUCACCAAUAUAUGUGGCAGUCCAAAGUGGGGAUGUUGAAAUUCUUCAUCGUCUCUUGCAAAUUCCUUUUCCCUCAGACCGGGACAUUUUUAAGCGUCAGGGAAACUCUCCACUUUUUGCCGCCAUAUCACAACGCAAUAUUGCUGCUUUGAAGGAGAUAGUAGACAAUAAAGAAAAGUUGAUGUUCCUCACUGAUGAAAAUGGAGACACACCCCUCCAUUAUGCAGCAUGCACUGGUUAUGUGGAAGGCGUUCAUGAACUUUUAAACAAAUCCACCCAUCUCGCCUUUCAACAAAAUUCAGGAAGUGAUCUUCCGAUUCACUUUGCUUGCUAUAAGGGCCACAUUCAGGUGGUUGAAGAAUUGCUACGUGUACAAGGGCCUUGUACAAGUUUUUCACUCAAUAAUAAAGGUCGAGACAUUCUUCACAUUGCAUCUAUGAGAGGAAAAAGCAAGAUGGUAAAAUACCUAUUGAAGCACCCGAAGAUCAAUUCCAAAACUGUGAAUGAGAAAGACCUGCUAAAUGGAGACACCCCACUGCAUCUGGCUUCAAGAAAGUUGUAUCUUUGGACUUUAGACCAUCUAUCACGAGACAAAAGAAUAAAUGUGGACGCCGUAAAUGACCAGGGUUUAACAGCUAUUGAUAUUAUCGGAAGUUCUAAUAUUGGCCGGUGCCUCACUCAAACAUAA